AGACUUGGGCAGCCUUCAGCUGACAGCCAGCAGCAGCAGCAGCAGCAGACAGAUAGAGAACAAGAAGCUGGAGAUUCUCCAAUGGAUGUCUCUGAAUCAAACCAAGCACAAGCUACACAACAGACCACUCCCACAGAUACUGCAGAACCCAGCCAAUCACAGGCUCCUGUGCAGUCAGAAACACCUUCACAACCAGCAGCACAAACACCGGCGGCCAGUAGAACAGAGCCCCAAACUACCACUGCAUCCAGUGACAGCCAAUCAAAUUCAUCGACAGAAAACAGUAGUGGUCAAUCGUCUGACAGCAGGUCUUCAGAUACGCCAAGGAGAGGACCAGUCCGCCCAAACAUCUCUGUAGUGGCCGAAGUAUUGGAGGAAGUGAGAGAGGUAAACAAUCGACUACAACCUUACAUGGACAGGUAUCAGACAAUAGUACGUGAGGAUAGACAGAUCCCUGCUGAG